CAGCAACGUCCAAAGCAGUUCAAUCACCAAACCUCAGACUUCAAAGUCUCAAAUCUCUUUAUCUUUUCAUUCACAAUGUCAUUCCUAAAGAACUUUUUUGGAACCUCCGCUGCUCCCGUCGUGGAGAAGAAGGACGAGAAGAAGCCUGUUCGUGCUCUUCCCGCCUCGUGGUACACCUCGCAGGCCAUGUACGAGCUGGAACAACGAUCGAUCUUCUCCAGAAAAUGGCUUCUCACCACACACAAGCACCGUGUCCCCAACGCCGGGGACUGGGUUCGAUACGACGCCGCUGGCUUCGAGUUCAUCAUCGCCAAGGACCAGCAAGGCAACAUCAAGGCCUUCCACAACAACGACUUCUUCCCUAUCCACGUGCACCUUGACCGAAAUGGCUUCGUCUGGGUCAACCUUGAUGCUGGCGAAACACCGGAAGUUGCCUGGAAAGACGAUUUCGAGGGUGUUGACGAGCAGGAACGAUUCGUGCACUACAACUUUGAAGACUAUGUCUUUGACCACACCUGGGAUAUGGAGGGCGAGUUCAACUGGAAGAUCCUGGCCGAUAACUACAACGAGUGCUAUCACUGCCAGGUGGCGCACCCUGAUAUCCCUACCAUUGCCGAUCUCAACUCCUACUAUGUCAAGACCAAGGACGGCCACAUCCAACACUAUGGUGCCCCGCGACAAGACCAGAUCGAGAAGGGCUUCCGCAUCGCCACCACCUACUUCUGGCCGAACGCCUCUUUCAACAUCUCUCCCAACUUCUUCUUCAUGCAGCGCUUCACCCCCACCAGCCCGACCAAGUGUGUGAUGCGCUACGAGGUCUACCGGAACAAGUUCGCCACUGACGCAGACUUCACCCUCAUCAGCGACAUGUAUAAGCGAAUCAUGUCCGAGGACAAGUACCUGUGCAUCAACACCCAGCAGAACCUCAACAAAGGUGUCUUCGUCAACGGCGAGCUUCACCCCGAGAUGGAGGCAGGACCCAUCCACUUCCAGCGAACAGUGCGCGAUGUCGUCACAGAACACCGCGAGAAGGAGGAGGCCAUCGGCCAGGAGAUCUGGCCCGCUCAGCAUCAAAGUCCCGAGACUGUCGACCAAUUGAACAUGGCCACUUUGACGGCAGAGAUGGGAACAUACAGCAGAGCAGAGGAUGAUUUCCAGGACUCGCUAAAGGGAGGUGGUCUUGUUACUGCUACGCCAAUUGUUGUCUAGACUACCUUUGGUGGACGAAGGGAAGGAUGCUCAUUGUACUUUGUUUUUAGCCUUUUGUUUUAUGAUAAUGAUUUAGAACUUGCCAGCUUGUUUUGGUAGAUACUAUUUAUGACUGAAUUGAUGAUUUCGAUAUUUCUAUACUGCGUCU